UCGAUGACCUAUAUGUGUUUGAGAACUCACUGUACUGCUGGGCACACCUCCUGAGCAAAAUAAAGAAACAGUGUCAAACAGUGGAGCACGAAGUCUACGCUCCAAUUACCCUUCUGUCUGAAAAUGGUAACCACUUCUGUGAACCUGUCAGAGUACCGGGAGUACCAGCUGUCUUAGAACGUGCUGAUGUCCUCCAGAAAAUCAAAGAUGGUGAAAAAAUCCCAAAUUGUACCGAAGAGCCUUUGCGAGAAACCUCAUUACAGAGGGCCAGUGACAUUGAAAAGAUCCUUCUCAGCUUGCCUCGACAUGUCAGAACAUAUCCUCUCUGGACUCAUCACAACGUGUCUGGUCAAAACUUUGAAGUCAAUAUCAAGAGGACUUUUGGAAGUAUGGUGGAAGGACUCAAAGAUUUCCCUUGCCUUAAUGUGUGGCCACCUCUACAUCUGAAGGAUCUGGGAUGCCCGGGCCACCUUGUUAUGAUCACUGAAGACAACCUUGGUAUUUACCUAUCUAAAGACAAAUCAAGUUCUGAUAUGAUCAGGGUGCAAGAUUGUCUUGAUGGAGAAGAAAAAGUGGUGGAUAUAAACGUGUUGGCUGCCAAGACUGGUGACCACAGAGAUGACAAAAAGUUUGUUACAACCAGGACUCCGAAAGAGGCAAUACUGGUUCUGAUAGAUACCAGCUCUUCCAUGGAUGAAGAGUGUUACGGAAGUGCAAAGAUAAAGAAAAUUAAUGCUGUCAAAGAGCUCUUUGACAACUUUGCUAGCAGAACCAUGGCUUAUGAUUUCCAUCAUGUCAUUGGCCUUGUGAAGUUUGACUCUAUGGUGAAAAUCCUCCAUACAUUUACGGAGAAUCUGGAAACGUUCAAGGUGCAUUUGCGCAAUAUAGAGGCAAGUGGAUGUACUCUGCUGUACGACGCACUAAGACGAGGUGCUUGUGAGCUUGAAAAAGUCCAGACGAGGUUCCCAGAAUGUCGACUCCGCAUCAUGUGUCUUACUGAUGGAAAUGACUCUGGAUCAUCAAUAGAGGCGGCUGCUGUUACAGCCAAAUUGCUCAAAUUGAACAUCAUUAUGGAUUCGAUUCUCCUUGGAAAUGUAGAGAACAACAUGCUGCAUGGGAUCAGCAGCGCAACAGGAGGUUGCUGUUUCAAACCAGAGACAGCCAAAGAUGGUUUGAAACUCUUUGAAGUCGAGACAGUUCUGUCUCUGGAGCAGAGGAAACCCAAGACAAAACUUGACCCAUCUUCCAUCUCUGAGUCCACGUUAACGGGUAUCUUUGCUACUCAUGGAUAUGAUGAAUAUCCAGAAACAUCCUUGCCAAGCCAGAUAAACAGCAAAGUGACCAUGACAGAGAGUGCCCUGAAAAAGAGGAUUCAGGAGUCAAAAGAUGGGCGAUUCAUGGAAAAGGAUAAACGUAUCCUGGAGGAGCUCAAGAGUCUGCACUGUGACCCACAUCCCUUCUUUAGGGUCUUUCCGUCGGAGUCAGACUUCACAUUCUGGAGGAUCGCCAUGCAGGGCCCACCUGAAACCCCAUAUGAGAAGGGCGUGUUUGAGCUGUACUGCCAGUUUGGUCCUGACUAUCCUGUGAAGCCUCCACUCCUUCGCUUUGUCACACAUGUUUAUCACUGCAACGUCAACAGCGUGGGCCGCAUCUGCCACAAUAUAUUUGACCGCAACUACAAUGCCCAUAUUACCAUGAAGGAGAUCUUUGACGCUGUGUAUGGACUUCUCAUCAUCCCUGAACCAAAUGAUCCGCUGGAUCAACUUUUGGCUGAAGAAUUCCUGACGAGCCGUGAGACGUAUGAACAAGAAGCCAGGAAACACACCGAAGAACAUGCUGGGAAGUCAUUAGAUGACAUUGAAAAGGAACUGGUGGAUCCAGUGCAACAGUUCAUACCCCAGCACCUGAUCUGUCCUCUCACCAAGAAGAUGUUUGUUGAUCCUGUGAAAACAAUCUAUGGCACAGUGUACGAGCGCAAGGCCAUCGAGGAACAUCUCAAACAACACCAGUAUGAUCCGAUGGCCGGCCCAGGACAUGAGCUUGAAAUGUGCUACAUGAUGGCAGAUCGAGACAUGAAGAAAAUGGUGAUGGAUCAUCGAUCUCGACAAAUUCAGUGAAUCUGCGGAGAACGGCUUGAAUUUGCAACUUCCGUCUUUUAAUUUAGGCCAGUGUGAAAUAGUUGAA